AUGGCGGCCCCCAAGCAGCCCAGCCAGUCUGCAGGUGGGAAGGCCCCCAAGGCCAACCUGGGACUAUUAAAUGCCCCGGAGAAAGUGCCAGGUUGUGGCCUUGGACAGAGCCCUGGAAUCGCUGCCCCUCCCCUGCCGGAGGGCGGGCGCGCGGCCGGGAGACUCCCGGGCCCCCCGCCCUCGAGACCCAACGCCAGCCCAGGCCCGAGCAAGUGGCGCCGGCGGCGGAGAGCCAGGCUACAAGGCCACCGGCCCGUCACGCCAGCGGUCAAGAAGGAGCUCCCAGGCCGCGAAGACCUGGCCCUGGCUCUGGCCACCUUCCAUCCGACCCUGGCCGCACUGCCACUGCCGCCGCUCCCAGGCUACCCGACACCGCUGCCAGCCGCGGCCGCCCUGCCCCCGGCCGCCUCGCUGCCCGCCGCGACCGCUGGCUACGAGGCGCUGUGGGCUCCACCACUCCGCUCCCCGCGCGCCUACCUGAGCCUGCACGAGGCCGCCCCGCACCUCCACCUGCCCCGGGGCCCUCUGGCCCUCGAACGCGUCUCAGCCACUGCGGCCGCGGCCCCGGAUUUCCAGCCGCUGCUGGACAAGGGCGAGCGGGGCAUCGAGGUGGAGCGCGGCGCCCACCGCGCGCUGCUCUCCGUGCGCAAACUCUGCCGAGGCAGCAAGGGUCCGUCCAUCCGCCACCGCGGCGAGUGGCGCACACCCAACGAGUUCCAGUUCGUCAGCGGCCGAGAGACGGCCAAGGACUGGAAGCGCAGCAUCCGCCACAAAGGAAAAAGUCUGAAGACGCUUAUGUCCAAGGGGAUUCUGCAGGUGCACCCUCCGAUCUGCGACUGUCCGGGCUGUCGAAUAUCCUCCCCGGUGAACCGGGGGCGGCUGGCAGACAAGAGGACAGUUGCCCUGCCCACUGCACGGGUCCUAAAGAAGGAGCUGACCCCCAGCUUCUCGUCCCGUGAUGGUGACAGCGAUGGGAGUGGCCCAGCCUGUGGGCGGCAACCAGGCUUGAAACAGGAGGACACCCCACAUGUCCCUCUCAUGAGGAGAAGGCACUUUUACUGGGGGCCAGGCUCGGGGGAGGCACCCGGGCUCUGGUCGGGACAUCAAGACUGGUGUCUCCAGGUAGCUGAAGGCCAGGCCAGGGCGAGGACCCUUUGCCCUGGGGACAGGGCCCAGGUUGAGCUUGUCAUGUCUGCCGAAGCUGAAACAGCCUGAACCCCUGACGCCACAAGACCAUAGUGAGAACCUACCCUGCCCCCACUUGGAGGGAGGCGGUCGACGAGGUUCCAUGUGGGGAAGGAAGGAGGCUCUAGGAAGGGCCAGGGGCUCUCGGAGGAGGGCAGUCAGGGAGACCCAGCAAGGGAGGGCCUGAUACCACCACAGCCAGGCGG